AUGCCUUCCUCCCCCCCCGAACCGCCUCAAGACUCAGGUGUGGUUUUAUAUGCUGAAGGCGCCUUAGACCCUCACUUCAGGGGCCCCCUGGGUCCAGACGGGGGCCCCCCUGGGGGCCCCAAGGGGGGCCCCCCGGGGGGCCCCCAGGGGGGCCCCCAGGGGGGCCCCCGGCCCGCCCCGCUGCUGCCACCCUUCUCUGCUUCUCCUUAUGUGCUAAAGGCAAGGCCAGGGUUUUUCUUGCCGGCCCAGAAGCUGAAUCCAGCAAAGAUGUAUAUGCAGGACUACCUGCAGCAGCAGCAGCAGCAGCAGCAGCAGCAGCAGCAGCAGCAGCAGCAACUGCAGCAGCUGCAGCAGCAGCAGAUGGAACAGCUGCAGCGCAUGCAACAGCUCUGGGCCAGAGCCAGCCACCUGCAGGGGGGCCCCCAGCAGCAGUGGGGCCCCCCCUCUGAUAUAAGAGAAGAAAGGGGGCCCCCGGGGGCCCCCUCGCGACAUGUCCCGAAUGGCUCAGAAGGCUCCGACUGUGGCGUAUGGCUCUAUGGCAACUGCCCGCUUUGCCUUUCUCGCGGCCGGCUGACUCCCUCGUGUCCGAAAGCAGAACCAAAGGCAGCAGCAGCAGCAGCAGCAGCAGCAGCAGCAGCAGCAGCAAAGGGGGGACCCGCAGCUGCUGCAGCAGCUUCGCCCCCCUGCAGUACCCUGGGGGGCCCCCCCUUGCAAGCCAAACAAGGGGGGCCCCCCUUGAGUUCCUCGAGGGCCCCCAAAGAUAAAAGCAAAAGGCGCAGCAGCAAAACUAAACGCAGGACUCCCAGCCCUCAGUACCCUGGGGGCCCCCUCAGGGGCCCCCCUGGGGGCCCCCUAGGAGGGACCCCCUCGGGGGGCCCCCUGAGGGGGCCCCCAGGGGGCCCCCUGAGGGGGCCCCCUAGGGGGGCCCCUGGGGGCCCCUUGAGGGCCCCCAAAGCGAAGGUGAGGGGGCACAAGAGGGAAAGUAAAAGCGGAUUUGGUGGUUUCGGAAAUGGCAAAACUAGAGGAUGGCCCAGCAGCAGGUCCAGCAGCAGCAGCAGCAGCAGCAGCAGGAGCAGCAGCAGCAGCAGCAGCAGGGAGCAGCGGCGGCGCAAGGUGCAGCAGCGGCAGAAGCACUUGAAGCUUUUGAGUCAUUUGAGACAGGAGAGAACCCCCGAGGAAAUCAGAGACAGAGAGGAUCGUCCUGUGGAUGGUUUUAUGAGGAAUCUCGUAGGAUUGGAAACGAACGAAAUGAAGGAAAUUUUGCUCAAGCUGUUGGAUUGCAGAAGACUCGAAACUCAAAUCCAAUACGACCUGCAGCAGCUGCAGCUCUGCGACUCUCUCCUUUCCCGGGCAAACGCCUCUAAAGGGGGGGCCCCUGGGGCCCCUUCGGGGGGCCCCCUUCCCUCGGGGGCCCCUGGGGUCCCCGGGGCCCCUAACAACCCUGGGGCCCCCCCGGGGGCCCCCGGCGUUCCUGGGGCCCUUAAGGCCCCUGGGGCCCCUGCGGCUUUUGGGGCCCCUGGGACCAUUGGGGUCCCUGGCGCCCCUGGGGCCCCUAUGGCCCCUGGGGUCCCUGGAGCCCCUGGGGCCCCUAAGCCCCCUGGGACCAUUGGGGCCCCUGGGGCCCUUGGGGCCCCUAAGUCCCCUGGGACCAUUGGGGCCCCUGGGGCCCUUGGGGCCCCUGGGGCCCUUGGGGCCCCUGGGGCCCUUGGAGCCCCCGGUACGAUUGGGACCCAUGGGGCCCAUGGGGCCCUUGGGGCCCCCACGACCAUUGGGGCCCCCGGGAUGCCCACAGGGGGCCCCAAAGGAGCCUUGGGGGCCCCUAAGGGCCCUUCGUCAGCCUUGGCUCAAUCUCAGCAAGAGCAGCAGGGUCUGAAACGGGCUCCUUCGAUCAAGGUCGCUAAGCAGCAGCAGCAGCAGCAGCAGCAGCAGCAGCAGCAGCAGCAGCAGCAGCAGGCCAAGAAUGCCAACAACCAAGGGGGCCCCUCGCUAGUCGACGCUGCACUUAUUGUGGGCCUACACCCCGGGGGGCCCUAA